AUUAUGAAUAGCGCCCUCGCUUGUCAGGAUGAUGUACAACACCCGUCCUUUUCUGAUUGGUCCCCGGGCUACAGAAGCAACAACCAUGGAAAGAGGUGCCACUCUGUUAGUGUUCCUGAUCUGUGCCGUCUUGGGCCAGGCGCUCAGCCCAGUCACCAUCCUGUCCUUGGACGAUCAAGCCAAGAUUAAGGCGGUCUUUGCCUCGUCCCGCCCCUUCACUGACCUGGCCGACGCCCACUAUUCCAUCCUGGGUCUGAAGCUGUUCAGUGUGCCGAUUCCUAAUGCACAGGAAGCAUGCACGUUCUUGAAGGCCAAGUUGGACCCUAAUAACGUGGAGUCCGUCUACCAUGCUACCACUGCAGCAAAGGCUCUGGAAAACUGCAAGGUUACAGUAAACGAGCAGUCCCUAUCAUCUGCCAUCAAUGACAGCGUUGACAUGGCAACGCUCUUCUACGCUGUGUCGGCCCUCACCACCCUUGGCCUGAAAUUCAGCCCUGCUGAUGUCCUAAAAUCAUUGGACUCGGCUCUUAAAAAAGACGAUGGUGUUACGAGCUCAAGCUAUGCCUUGCACAUCGCCUCUCUGCUUCCAGCUGAAACAAACGUGGACAAAUAUUUUGAUCUCAUUGAAGACAUCGUGGCCCAGGCAGACGAAAUAGAUGAAAAAUAUUUGCAGUUUGAUACCUUAUUCCAGAGUGGUCUAUUUUUGGAUGGAGCUUACAAGCUGGCUGCAAAAGUCAAUAAGAAACCACUCAUUACUGAGGAUCAAGCUGUGUUGCUGGGUAACUUUGUCCUGAGCCGUAAGUCAACACAGACGGCUGCCAAUGCCUACAGCGUUGUGGUUGGAGUCAAGGCUCUGGCUAGUAACAAGUUCCAUGUGCCUGUUGCCUUCACCAGAGUGGGAUCUAUGGCCGUCUCUACCAAUGCACCAAAUGUCAAGGUGGAAGUCUCCAACCUGAUGUCAGGCAGUGUCGGCAAGCUGACUGUUGAGGCGUCCUCUGUAAAGCCAAAAGACGGCGGGAAAGCAAUCGCUAAAGACCUGGCGUUUGAGGGCACCAAGAACCCGACGGAGUACCAGCUGAACCUGAUGGAGUCCAAGCCAGCCCCUGCGUUCUACUCGGUGUCCCUCAAGGCCAAGCCCUCCGCACCAAACCCUGCCCUGAUUGGUCUGAAUGAGGGCGCUAUUCUCGUCAAGGUCACGACGGAGGUCACCGUGGAUAACAUGGAGAUCUCGAUCAUCGACAAGGAUCAGUCGAUCACCGCCAAGACUGUCAAGGUCGUCCACCCAAGAAAAGUGGACAAGGGUCUGGAGGCUGACCAUCACCAGAGCGUGGUCCUCAAGUUCAACCUGAAGGACAAGGCUGGACAACCGCUGUCUGUCCAUCAAGCCUUUGUCCGUCUGUCCAACAUCAAGACCAAACAGGAGGUCAUCUUCACAGCUGAGGGCGAUGCGUCCUUGAUGUACAAGUUCAACCUCGACGUCGCCGAGAGCGGCCGUGAGUACUUCAACCAGCAAUCUGGCAAAUACACCCUGGAUCUGAUCAUUGGAGAUGCCAUCAUCAUGAAUCCUUUCUCCUGGAACUUGGCUGACGUCACCUUGAAGUUCCCUGAACAGGAGGACACCAAGCCAGCACCCCAGGCCCGCUAUGCUGAGCUGCCAGAGAUCAAGCACAUGUUCCGUGUUCCUGAGAAACGUCCUCCUACCGCAGUGUCUACUACCUUCACUGCACUGUGCCUUGUUCCUCUGCUGCUGCUCGUCAUUCUGUGGGUGAAGCUUGGCGCUAACAUGAAGGGCUUUACGUUCUCCAUCGGUGCCAUCGGCUUUCAUCUCGGUCUCGCAGGUAUCCUGGGCUUGUUCUACUGCUACUGGGUCUAUCUCAACAUGUUCCAGACUCUCCAGUAUCUAGGCCUCCUAGGCAUCUUCACCUUCUUGACUGGGAACCGAUUGCUUAGCAGCAUUGCACAAAAGAAACGCGAGAAGUAAACCAUCGCGUGAUGCCGCAGCCUUUUUGUAAUUGCUCAGAAUGUAGUGAGUCUUCAAUGAUCAGGGCAAGGUUGAAAAUCAAUCACUACGUUUUUCUCUUUUGUUUCAUAAUUUUUCCAAAAAAAAAAAACAAUCAAAAUGUGUGAGAGUCAGAUUAAAUAUUGAUUUAUGUGUAUUUGCACUGGGUAGCUUUUUGGCAAAGUUUUAAACUUUUGUACAAAAAUAUUGAUGAAGGAACAAGUUGUUCUGGUUUAUAAACAUCAUUACACAUGAUUUUGUUCUCGAGAUUUGGUUCAGUUUUAAGGCGACUUUUCUGAAGUGGUCCCAGAAUGUUUUGAGAUGAAAUUGUGAUUUCGGAUGUGUAUAAAUUUCUGUUGGCUCUUUUCUGGUUGGUUUUGGUGAAGGGUUUGCAAAACACAAUUUUAGUGUAGAGGUUAACAUCGGGUAAAUAUGUAGUAACUUCUUGUAAGAAAAGCAAAAAGUAAAGGAGAGAAGUUUUGAUGUGAUAUGAUACAAUUUUCUAAUCCUUUCAAACAGCAGAGGAUUUGAUAAGUAGUUGUAAAAACUUUUGUUGUUAUUUCGAAACAAUUUGCCCAGGAUGUAUAAGUCAGAAAAACAAGUGUAUUUAAAAGGAGUCUUUCUUUUGAAAAUUGCAGGAAUUUACAAAUUAUGCGUCCUUGCUUUAUUGUGAAAAGCCUUGUACCUUCAACUUUCAACAGGUUGUGUGUUAGUUUUGUGUUACAUAUUUCUGUAAUAUUACAGAAUUUUGUAAUAUUAUUACAAAAUGUUUGUAUUAUUACAGAAAUUGUGUCCAUCGUUGCAUAGUUCAUGUGCACCUGGCUGAAAUGUCUUGACACAAACGUCCACAUUAAGAAUUUUUAUCCUUAAAUAAUUUGAGUAGAGAAUUUGAUGAAUUCAGUAUCCGUAGAAGUGUAGGAAUUUUGUAGCAAUUUGUUUCAAACAUGAAACUAUAAGCACGUUUUUUUGACACUGCUUGCCAAAAUUGAUUUGAUUUUUGUAAGAAAAAAAUGAUGCAUUACUCACACUGGCAAUAUGGUAAAAUUUCCUUUUGUUUCCAAGUACAUUUUUUUUUUUUUUUUCAACAGCUAAGUACUACUUGUUGAGCUUAUACAUUCACUUGUGAAAAAAAAACCUUUUAAAGGGUUAUUCCUGUUAUUUGUUUCCUUGCGUUGAAAUUAUGAGAGCAGUAUUAAGAAAUUGCUGAUCACAAAUUUUAAA